AGCCAUUUGUAAUUUGUAGUCUAAACAUUUGGUGAACUUAAGUGACUAUCUUUGUUCUUAUAGUGCACUAUAGAGCAUGGACCAAAAGCACCCAACACAAGUUUGAAGACACAUGGCUUGAACAACGGCCGGUUGAAAUGAUCUUGGGAAAAGAGAAAACUGAGAUGGCAGGAUUGGGUAUUGGUGUCUCAAGCAUGAAGGCUGGUGAACGUGCCCUGUUACAUGUUUGUUGGGAAUUAGGUUAUGGCAAAGAUGGAAACUUUUCUUUCCCAAAUGUCCCACCCAUGGCAGAUCUCUUAUAUGAAGUUGAGCUCAUUGGUUUUGAUGAAACCAAAGAAGGGAAAGCUCGUAGUGAUAUGACAGUUGAGGAAAGGAUUGGAACUGCAGAUCGAAGAAAGAUGGAAGGGAAUGCUCUUUUCAAUGAUGAGAAACUUGAGGAGGCAAUGCAACAGUAUGAAAUGGCAAUAGCGUAUAUGGGAGAUGACUUCAUGUUCCAGUUGUUUGGGAAGUAUCGGGACAUGGCGUUGUCUGUUAAAAAUCCUUGCCACCUUAAUAUGGCAGCAUGCCUAAUAAAGCUAAAACGCUAUGAAGAGGCCAUUGGACAGUGCAGCAUUGUAUUGGCGGAGGAUGAAAACAACGUCAAAGCACUAUUUCGACGUGGGAAAGCCAGAGCAGAACUUGGACAAACAGAUGCUGCCCGUGAAGACUUUCUUAAGGCCUGUAAAUUCACUCCUCAAGACAAAGCAAUUGCGAAGGAGUUACGACUGCUUGCUGAGCAUGAUAAGGCUAUUUAUCAGAAACAGAAAGAGCUCUACAAGGGUAUAUUUGGACCAAGACCUGAACCAAAGUCUGAGCGGAAAAAUUGGCUCACCUUAAUUUGGCAAUGGCUGGCCACAUUAAUUUAUCAGGUUUUCAGGUUGAAAAGGCAGAAAACUGACUAAUAUGACAUGAAUUGCAACCGACUUUCAGCAGGAAGUUUUUAUUAUCUUUGCUCUUUGAUAGUUAAGGAUUGGCAAUUUAAAUUAUCAAUUACUU